AUGCCACCACCAUCUAACCACAGGGGCGAUGUCGAACCCCCAGAGGAAAUCACCUGGGUAGCCGCCCAAGGCUUCCUGACCGGCGCGCUCCGCUUUGGCUCCGUGUCCAUCUUGGCUCAUAUGAUCCUUAUCCUGCCCCACCCCUUCGUCUUCUCCGCGCCAAGUCCACCCGUCGCAUAUGCCCCGACACAACCCCGUCCACGCCCUAACAUAUUCUCCCGCGACUACCUCCGCUCACGACUCUUCCACCGCCCCAUAGAGGGCUUCUCAAGCUGGAUAUCCCCGGGGUCCCGUGUCUACCGUGGUCUGACGCCGCAGUUCAAGGUCUUUUUGCAGGUCGUGGCUAUGACGCUGGGUGGUUGUAUCUGGCAGGAGAAACGCGUGACCGAGUAUAUCGAGCUGCUGAGACGGAUUAAACGCACGGAGCGACUGGAGGCUGAACGUGCGGAAGGGCAUCGUCGGUAA